UUAGCCCAACUUGACGGGGCGUCGGGAGGCGUCCCGGACAUUGAUCCAAUGUGUCUCUCCCGUUUCCGUUAAUCCGUCUCGAGGAUCCGACGAUCCCGUGCGGGUUGGGUAGCAAAUACCGCACUCGGGCCGAAAGCUCUCUAUCUCUCUUUUCUAACUUCUUCCAAUUUACCGCGAAGGCGAGGGCCGAGAGAGAGCGAUGCAUUCGUUCGUGUACCGGUUGAACACCCUGGUCACCUUCGCCGCCGUCAUCCUCGCGGUGCUGUGCGGCGCCGCCUCCUUUCUCGACGCCUUCAACUCCCCAUCCGUCCGCGCCCAUGCCGAGGUCAUCAAGUUUAAUCGAUUUAGAAAACAGUUGAGCGGAAAUGAUGAGGUCAGCUUGACCUUGAACAUUUCUAUGGACUUGAGAUCAUUGUUUACAUGGAAUACAAAGCAGGUUUUUGUCUUUCUGGCUGCUGAGUAUGAAACUUCAAAAAAUUCCCUGAAUCAGAUUUCGCUAUGGGAUUAUAUAAUCCCUGAUAAGGAUCAUGCAAAGUUCCAGGCACAGGUCGCCAACAAAUAUCCCCUGAUUGAUCAGGGAAGCAACCUUCGUGGUAAGAAAGUUGAAUUUGUUCUCCACUGGCAUGUUAUGCCCUGGACAGGUAGAAUGAUUGAAGGUAAGAUGGCAGUGUCCAACUUCUAUCUACCUGAGGCUUAUACAUAGUUUAAAGCAUGUGCCAUUCCUCACUGAUAGUGAUGAUUCAUGGGUACUAUAGUCAGAUCUUAGGUGAACUUCUGAUUACAUGUGUUCUUUCUGGAUGCCUGUUAUUUUCGUUCUCAAAAUCAAUUUUGUUGCAUCCCUUGUGGAGAGACAUUAAUGGUUAUCAAUGGGCUCUUGUAUCACAUCAAAGUUGGGUGCUUCAGUUCCUUUAUAAUUCAUGUUAGCAUAUGCUCAUGCCA